AUGGAGUCAGGCGGUGCUACUCAUGGCUUAGCUGACGGCCAGCUUCCACCACAUCAGUUCGUCCCAAACACAGGCUACAUCAACAACACGCCAGUCGACCCCGCAGUCGAUAAUGCACAAGACACGAACGCACCACAAGCGGGCGAGGAAGUUGACGAGGAAGAAGAUGAAUACUACGACGAUAUUUUCGAAGAGGAUCUAGAAGAAGACUUUAGCUCUGCGAACCCAAAUGACUUUACGAAGUCAUACAACCGUCAGCGCCGGCUGAACGAGGCCAUGGCAGAUGCCAAUGUGCCGAAAUCAUCAUACCCAAAGACCAACCCUCAGAAGCCCAAGGCAAAUGUCGCCGCUGCUGUGGAUGAUCAAAUCACGUCGCUUUCGAAACAUGCCGCCAAGAUCAAACUCGACGACCAACAGUCGGGAUUUAGGGGAAAGGAUGGAAGAACAGUGGAUAAGAGUGAUCGUGCUACAUCAGAGCAGGUGUUGGAUCCACGCACAAGAAUGAUUCUCUUGCAAAUGAUCAACAGGAAUCUGGUCUCGGAAAUUAAUGGCUGUCUUUCUACCGGAAAAGAAGCGAAUGUGUACCAUGCUGUAACGAUACGGGAUGAGGAAGGUGAUGUCCAGACCUUACAGCGAGCAAUCAAGGUCUACAAAACCAGCAUAUUAGUGUUUAAAGACCGCGACAAAUAUGUUACUGGAGAGUUCCGCUUCCGAAAGGGUUACGACAAGAGUAAUAACCGGGCCAUGGUUAAAGUCUGGGCCGAGAAGGAGAUGCGAAAUCUGCGAAGGAUACAUUCUGCAGGCAUCCCCAGUCCUGAGCCGCUUUAUCUUCGACUUCACGUCCUUGUGAUGGGUUUCUUGGGAAAUUCGCGAGGAAUACCCGCUCCUCGUCUGAAGGAUGUUGAGUUCGAUAUACCAGAUCCCGAGACGCGAUGGCAGGAGUUGUACAUGGAACUACUUGGUUACAUGCGUACCAUGUAUCAAACAUGCCGACUUGUCCAUGCCGAUUUGAGUGAAUAUAAUAUUCUAUACCACAAAAACAAACUCUACAUAAUUGAUGUCAGUCAAAGUGUUGAACAUGACCACCCGCGCAGCUUGGAGUUCCUGCGAAUGGACAUCAAGAACGUCAGCGAUUUCUUCCGGCGCAAAGGCGUCAACACUCUUUCUGAGCGUGUGGUCUUUGAAUUCAUCAUUAGCAGCCAAGGCCCAGAGAUGGUGGGAGGCGACAAUGAAUCUAUGGUUACCGCGAUUCAGAAGUUGUUUGAGAUCAGAGAUGAGAAUGGCGGUGAUGCCGAAGGCGUUACGGACGACGUAGAUGCUGCAGUCUUCCGUCAACAAUACAUUCCACAAACACUCGAACAGGUUUACGAUGUUGAGCGAGACGCUGAAAAAGUACAGUAUGGCGAAAGCGCCGACCUUGUGUAUCGUGAUCUAUUGGCCGACAAAUCAAAAGCGGCCAUACCAUCGACCAAAGCUGAGACCAAGGCACAGCUUGGAGAAGAUGAUGAAUCUGAUCAAAGUGGCGGCGUCUCCAUUAGCGACGGCUCUGAUGAAAGUGCCGAUGGGUCUGAUGAUGAAGAUCCUUUUGCCAAAAAGGCUCCUCGUGGCAAGAAGCACGAGGAUAAAGACGCAAAGCGCUUACACAAGCAAAAGGUGAAGGAAGAAAAAAGGGAACAGAGAGCUAAAAAGAUGCCAAAACAUGUGAAGAAGAAGAUUAUCAACGCUACUAAGCGCAAAUAG